GGGAGCGGUGCGGCGGUGGCGGAGGGGACCCAUGGCCCUCCCGGGGGAGGCGGCUCGGCUGGACGGGGGCUGGCAGGAGGUCUACUCGGCUCUGCAGUGGAUCCAGUUCACCAUGGCCAUGCUCAGUGUUAUAGGUUCCAGCUCAAUUAUUGCCUACGCCGUCUUCCAAAACGCAGUGAGGUCCCCUGAGGUUCGUCCUCUUUUCUACCUGAGCCUCUCUGACCUAUUUCUGGGCAUGUGCUGGCUCACUGGGGCCCUUCUCUACAGCACACCAACCUCCAAGCAGGAUCUCAUCUGCUACAACCUGCAGGUGACAGGACAAAUAUUCUACAUGGCCACUUUCCUGUACACUGUCAACUACACCUGGCACCUGUACAUGGACCUAAAGGUGAAGUACAAUCAGAACCUCCACAGGAUGCCUCCCCAGGUUGUAGAGUAUGUGAGUUGCAUUGGCCGCAUAGCAACGAUCUCAUCUAGCCUGGUCCCUUUCCUUCUCAUGGUGCCGGUGUUUUGCCUGGGCAACAGCAGUAAUUGCUACCAGAACUUCAGCCAGAAGCAUGGAUGUCUCUUGAUGCACACAGAAAUCGCCCCCAUCGAGCCGCAGACCCUGAGUGGCUCCGUUUGCCGCGCGAUGCGUUUCUACGGCAUCGGAGUCUUCCUCAUUUCCUUUCUGAUCAGCUUCGUAGCCAUUCUGGUUAUACUCAGCCAAGCCCGAGGUUUGUACAAAAGGUUUGUAAACUCCACAGGAUUCCUGGGGGAUCAGCAAUGGGCCAUGAUUAAGAUGGUGGAACAACGGGUGGUUUUUUACCCUGUCACAUUCUUCUGCUGCUGGGCCCCAGCUGUCCUCCUUGGAAUACUGAAGCUGACAGGGGCAGCAAGCAGCAAAAUCUACAUGGCUCUCCUAAUUCUACAGGCUCUGACAGCAGCUUCCCAGGGGCUCCUGAACUGCAUUGUGUAUGGCUGGACACAACACGUCUUCCUCUCCCUCAAACGCGGCGCCUGCCGGGACGUGGACACCCAGACCCCCCUCCUACGUUCCCAGAAGAAGUUCUAUGCCAGCACUCUCCCCACCAGCCCCCCUGACCCUGUGGAGGGCUCCACGUCCACCCUGCUCUGAUGAGCCCCUGCAUCAGAGGAGAACCAGCAGCGUCCUGACAAGAACUUGUUGUGUUUUAGCCAUGUCAGCCAGACCCAGGACUGGGCUGCCCAGUGCGAAGGGUCUGGGCAGCAGCAAAGUUUGCUGGAGGAAGGAGCCUGAGGGGCAGCUGUCAGGGACAGACACUUCAGUGAAGAUAGUUAUUUAUUUUACAGGUUUAUACAGACUGUAAAUGGAAUCUUCAGCAUGGUUAAACUUUAGUGCAGACUUUCUCCUCAUGGAAAUACCCCUAGAAAUGCAGCCAAUUCUGUGUAAGAGCUCAGAGAUGUGGUACAGCUCCUUUGAGGGUAGGUGGUCAAAGGUUAUUUUACUUCUCUAAGUAUUUGCCAUUACAAAUUAACAGUAAAGCAAAGGUGAAUAUUUUUCAA